GGAUUAUGCUCAAAAGCAACGCGAUAAGCGAAACAACAACAACAGCAACAACAGCAGCAAUCAUCAGCAUCAGCUUCAGAUAUUGAGCGAUACGCGCCGGCAUCAGUGACAGUCGAUUGGCUGCAAUCAAGGUGACAACAACACGUCGCGGUACAAACACAAAACUAAACUGAACAAGUGAAUCUAAAGUCAAUUAUUGAAGUGAAUUGCAGUGAAUUGAAGUGAACUCCAGCUUUCUAAAGUGACACAAAGAGCGAGAAAGCGAGAAAGAGAGAGAGAGAGAGAGAGAGACAAGUGCAAUCAGCGAUAUGGUGAUGCUGCAAUCGCCAGUGCAAAAGCCAAGCGAUAGCAUUGGGGCACAGCCCACAGCCGUCGGCGGUCUGAUGAGUCCCAACUCGAAUCCCGAUUCGCCCAAGUCUAACACCUCGCCCGAGCUGGCCAAUAUAUCCGCCGAACUUGUGUCUGUUUCCGGCAGUGCCAUCAACACAGCAACAAGCAUCAAUGCGCCGCCGCCCGCCAAGAUACCCAAGUUCAUAAUCAGCGCCAGUGAACAGGCGGCCAAGCAGGUGCAGGAUCUGCGCAAUUCCAUUGAGCGCUUGAAGCAAAUGACCAGCGAAUCUGGCAUGCUCAGUCGCCUGAGUCCCAACCACGACGAGGCCGACAAGGAGAAGAUCAACAACAACAACAACAUCAAUAACAAUAACAACAGCAACAGCUUGAACAAGAACAAUGCGAGACGAUCCCAAUCGCCGCCAGUUGGGCUUGGCGUCUUUCCCUUGCCAGCGCAGCAACGCAAGCUACUUGAACUGAAUGCAGUUCGUCAUUUGGCACGACCGGAGCCACUGCAGCAUCCACAUGCAGCGCUACUGCAACAGCAUCCGCACUUGCUGCAGAAUCCACAAUUUCUAGCCGCUGCCGCACAGCAUCACCACCAACAGCAGCAGCAGCAGCAGCAUAUGCAUCAUCAUCAUCAUCAUCCUGCACAGUCGCAUCCACAUCAUCAAGCAGCUGCAGUUUUCCAUCUGCGUGCACCUGCCGCAUUGCCCAAUGGGAGUAGCAGCAACACCACCACUGCACCACCUUCGCCUGCCACCUCCCCACUAUCGCCACCUACAUCACCUAGCACAGCCACAGCUAUAGCCACCGGCAACAACAAGACAACACAUUCCGAGCCGCAAAUGGAAUCUCCCUUAGCACCAGCAAAUCCGGCACAUUCCGCGCUCCCACCCCUGCAACAGCAGCAACCGCCACAGCAACAACAGCAGCAGCAGCAAGCACAGCUUCCACAGCCGCCGCCACCGCCACCACCUCCACAGUUAAUGUCUUCCUCGUCGCUACAGCUGCACUUGGGCGCUGUUCCACAUCCAGUGAUGGGCAGAAUCAGUCCCACAUCCGCGAAUGACAUGGACUUGGAGCGCAUUAAGCUGGUAGCAGCGGUUGCCGCACGCUCCACCCAAAGUCAAAGCCAAGCGCCCAGCACAUCCGCCGCGGCCGCUACCAGCUCCACCUCCGCCUCGCCCAAUGGUCGCGAUUUGAGCGAUUAUGGCUUCAGAAUACAGCUGGGCGGAUUGGCGGCAGCGGCAGCUGCUGCAGCUGCCACUUCUCGCCAGAUCGCGGCUGCUAAUUAUGCGCGCAGCGACACCAGCGAAGAGCUCAAUGUCGAUGGCAACGAUGAGGACAGCAACGAUGGCUCCGGUUCCCACAGCACGCCGUCGGUGUGUCCCGUGGAUCUGACUCGUUCGGUGCCCAACAGUGCGAACAAUGCGAGCACUGCAUCCACCAGUGGAGCCAGCGAUAGAGAGGCCACCAAACGCUUGGCCUUCUCCGUGGAGAACAUAUUGGACCCCAAUAAGUUUACGGGCAACAAAUUGCCAGCAACAGCCGCACCCUUUGGACAUUCCCGUCCGUGGGGCUAUGAAAGAGAUGAGGACAUGCACGAGCAUCUAGAUGACGAGCACAGCGAGGAUAUGUCUGCCCAGGAUCUCAAUGACAUGGAUCAGGACGAUAUGUGUGACGAUGGCAGCGACAUCGACGAUCCCAGCAGCGAAACGGACUCCAAAAAGGGCGGCAGUCGCAAUGGCGAUGGCAAGUCCGGUGGCGGAGGCGGUGGUGGUGGCUCCAAACCGCGACGCGCUCGUACCGCCUUCACCUACGAGCAGCUGGUCUCGCUGGAGAACAAGUUCAAGACGACGCGCUAUUUGAGCGUUUGCGAGCGUUUAAAUUUGGCGCUCAGUCUCAGCCUGACAGAGACACAGGUGAAGAUCUGGUUCCAGAAUCGACGUACCAAGUGGAAAAAGCAAAAUCCUGGCAUGGAUGUAAACAGUCCGACACUGCCACCCGCGGGCGGUUCGUUUGGUCCGGGCGCCUAUGCUAGCAGCCUGCUCUACCCGCACGCCGUCCCGUACCCACCCUACGGACCCUACUUUCAUCCCCUGGGCGCACAUCACUUGAGUCACUCGCAUUCAUAAAAUUGCAAGAUGCAACAGCGUUUGUUGCAACUCUUCGAGAAACGUGCCAAGGCCGCUGGAACAGAGGCACGACUGGGGCCGGAGGCCGAUGCAUUGUAAAUACGAAUCGCUUUAAAUGUGUUUUAUAGUUUCGCCUGUAUAUAGUUAUUGUACAAAUAGUACUUAAUUGAUAUGAUAUUGUAGCGCUUAAAUUUAUUACAGCUAACGAAGCCCAAAGAUGUUGCAAAGUCAAAUUCGACAUAU